UCGCUUCAGACUCUCAUUGAGAAAUCCCAGCCUCCUCUCUCCCUCUUUCUGAAACCCUAGCACCCCCUCCUCGCCUUAUCUCCUCCAACCAUGGGUCGCGUAAGGACCAAGACUGUGAAGAAGUCCUCUCGCCAGGUGAUCGAACGCUACUACUCGAAGAUGACUCUGGAUUUCCACACGAACAAGAAGAUCUUGGAGGAAGUCGCCAUCAUUCCCUCCAAGCGCCUCCGCAACAAGAUCGCCGGAUUCUCCACCCAUCUCAUGAAGCGCAUCCAGAAGGGCCCAGUUCGCGGUAUCUCGCUCAAGCUCCAGGAGGAGGAGAGAGAACGUCGCAUGGACUUUGUCCCCGACGAGUCCGCCAUCAAGAUCGACCGCAUCGAGGUCGAUAAGGAGACCAUUGAAAUGCUUGCUUCGCUCGGCAUGGGUGAGAUGCCGGGGGUCACGGUCAAGGAGGAAACUGGUGGGGCACAGCAGCCACUGCCUUCUUACGGCGGCGGACGUGGUGGCGGGUACGGUGGUGGUGGCCCCAGGAGGUACUAAAUGUGAUGGAGUCGAAUGGUAAUGCGUUUUGUUCGAUGUUUUUUUUUUUUUUUUCUCUUCUUUUGUCGGACUAUUUCGUAUACCCUUUAUGCGGUAUUGUUAGUUUGGUUUAAAUUUUGGAGUAUCUUGGAACAAUUUGAUGUUAAAGUUGCUCGGUACUUGAGAUUUUAUAGUUUCAUUAAGAACUCGUUUCUGUUAUGAUGCUAAUUUGUGAUUUUCAUUUGAGAAAGGGAUAUGAGAGAUCUAUUAUUAA